CCGUCUAGUGAGUGAUUCGACCAAACGCUCCGGUAUCGUGGAGCAAUAUGAGGGAAAGCUAUGGAAGCCAGUAUGUGGAGACAACUGUUGGACAAACAAAACCGCUAAUUUCGCCUGCAAGGAAUUACAAUUCAUUGGAGGAAUAAAGCGUUCCGAAGACACAACAAAAGUGACUGGUAACCAUGGUAACGAUACUUCUGGUGGAUACAACUGCACAUAUUUACAUAACUGUUCCAAAAUCAACAGAACAUGCGAAUUGAACGACUGUUCGUCAAGGGCUCACGUUACAUGCAUAGGUGCAGUCCGGCUAGUUGGUAUCAAAACACAAAGGGCUGCGGUUGAGGUCUUCCGGAAAAACAGUAAGGGUAAAUUGAAGUGGGCUGGUGUCUGCUCGAAAUGCUGGUCUCAAAACAACACUAAUGUGAUAUGCAAACAGUUUGGCCUCAGGUCUGGUGAAUUACAAGCUGGAACGAUUAAAAAUGCAAGUAAAACUGUAUGGAAACACGUGAACUAUUCCUGUUCUGGUAACGAGACGGAUAUUUCUGAUUGUCCUACGACUGAGGAGGAGUGUAAAAAAUGUGGCAAUGGAACAGUCAUCGUGAAGUGUCACCCAGACUUGGGUUACAACCAGACGUGUACAAACGACGAAAGCUGCAUCAGUGGAUUAGUUUGUAAACAAACGGACAACAAUGUUUGUAGGUGUGAAAACGAGGCUAGCUCAUUUUGGAAUGCAGAUAAGAAAGCAUGCGAAGAAAGGUCGAAUCUUGAGCAAAAUUGUACAUUCAACAUGUACAACAGCUGCAAAGACACUUUGGUAUGCACAGGGGACGCAACUAGCGCAGUUUGCAAAAGCAAAAAUGAUGGCGUGGGGACAGGGGAGGAAGCAGAUGGCAGAAAGAACUUGGGUUACAACCAGACGUGUACAAACGACGAAAGCUGCAUCAGUGGAUUAGUUUGUAAACAAACGGACAACAAUGUUUGUAGGUGUGAAAACGAGGCUAGCUCAUUUUGGAAUGCAGAUAAGAAAGCAUGCGAAGAAAGGUCGAAUCUUGAGCAAAAUUGUACAUUCAACAUGUACAACAGCUGCAAAGACACUUUGGUAUGCACAGGGGACGCAACUAGCGCAGUUUGCAAAAGCAAAAAUGAUGGCGUGGGGACAGGGGAGGAAGCAGAUGGCAGAAAGAACUUGGGUUACAACCAGACGUGUACAAACGACGAAAGCUGCAUCAGUGGAUUAGUCUGUAAACAAACGGACAACAAUGUUUGUAGGUGUGAAAACGAGGCUAGCUCAUUUUGGAAUGCAGAUAAGAAAGCAUGCGAAGAAAGAUCGGGUCUAGGGCAGAAAUGUACAUUCAACAGCUGUAUAGACACUUUGGUAUGUACAGAGGACGCAACUGGCGCAGUUUGCAAAAUCAAGAAAGAUGACGUGGGGACAGGGGAGGAAGAAGACGACCAAGCGAAUCUGCCUAUUUACGUCGGUGUGCCCAUCGGUUGUCUGGUUGCUAUAUCGGUCAUUGUAAUUACUGUCUGGUAUUGCAAAAGGGAAAAAAGGAAGAACUCCAUAUAUGGAAGGACGGUAUCGUAUAGCAACGGGCAGUCAAGCAAUUUGAAUAUCGAUGUUGGCUACAGCGAGGUGGUUCUCGAAGGUAAUGUGAAUGGAGAUCAGGCGUACGAUCUCGUUCAACCAAUGAACCUUGGCAAUGACGGGAAUUAUAGCAUAGCGAUGUCUGAUGUCAAGGGCCCAAGAUCUGAGUCCCCAACUCAAACAACGGCAACUAAUAACUAUGGUUAUGGUGUACUCGGCGGAAAGCGCGCUGAAAAUGAUGACAACGACAUGUAUUCUCACGCAAGAAGAAUGAAUGACACAGGGGAGUAUGACGCGUUUGACAAGCGCGACAGGGAUACAGAUGUAAAUGACUUGUACGAUCACACUCGAGGUAUUACGAUGGAAAAUCAGUAUGACGAAUUUCAGAAACGGAAAUAGUGUCAAAACAUGAACAAACAUUUUCAGGAUGAUACAGAAGAACUUCUGUGGACUGACAUUUUUUCGAUGUUUCUGUUUGACCACUCUCAUUCUAAAUAUUUAAGAAUCGCCAAAAAAGAGCUGAUCAUGAACAACUGAAUAUGUAAUGAUAACAUACUCCAGUUCAAUAGCACUUUGUAUCGCUUAUAAUCGUUUUUAUCCUAGAUGGGAGAUCAAAAGGAAUUUUGUGUUUUGUAUGUUAUGUUUGACUAGAUUCGUUAAUACAAUGUAGUCGUGGGAAUCCGAAUGUUAGGAAAGUUUAUAUGUGCAGAUGUGUGUUAUUUGUUGUUGAUUUUUUUUUUUUUUUUUUUUUUUUUUUUUAAANAAGCUUUAAAACAAAUACUAGAUUUCUAUUGUAUUCCAUUAUAAAUGAAUGAUAGUUUUUUUUCAUAAAUUCGCGGGAAAGUCUUUCAUGAAUAUAUACAUGUAUAAAACACUAUUACGUUGAAACGUUACUAGCUUUAAUCGAGCAUAUUUUCUCUCAUUGUAUCUUUAAUAAGUCGUUUUUGAGAAGGAACAAACAUAUCCUGCUGUUUUCGCCAUGGACCUAUUCGAUGCUGCUGAAAUUAUGUAUGAUUGUAUAUACGUAUAUUAUAAAACAGUAUUAUCCAAUUUAUCGUUCGAUGAUUUGCUUUAAAUAUACACUGUAGCACUAAAAAUAUACAGUUUUAAACUGUUCAUAUUAUUCAAGCGCUAUAUCAAUUCUAUGUUAUAUGGCUGUGUCGUCAAAACAAUAUAACUUUGUCUUUAUCACAAGAAAGUUGUGUCUUUGUGAGAGAAAAAAAAACAGUUUUUACGAAACAAGAAAUGGUUACUUAUCCGUUAACCAUGAGUAGAAACUCGCUGAGGCUUUCCACGGGAAGGUAACCAUUUGUUUUACAAUGAAAUGGUGUGCUAGUCGUAUACGUCAUUAGAAAUGACGCAAAAAUAAAUAUAUUUGGUUAGAAGACACAAUAGGAUUGACAUUUAAUAUUCAUUAUAUAAUAUUUAAAUAAUCAUUCUCAUGUAUAUAUUGCAGUGAGAUUCAAUCGGUUUUCUUUUUGGCAAUUAUCUUGAAAUAUUUCCGCAGCAUUAAAAAAGACAUUAAAUUAACUUUAUCUUAAUAUCGCUUUGAAAAUUAUGUUGACAUACGUGAGUCGGACGUCGGUAGCAGAUAUAUGUCAUUUAAGUUUUCAGAAAAUUUCAAAAGUUAUUAUUUGAAGCUUGAUAACUAAUGGUUUCACUAACACUAUAUCCUAUUAAAACACUUUUUAUUUCAAUAUGGAAUAAAAUACUACCAUCCUGUUGCAUUGUUUGCGUUUCAUGGUCAGCUGUCAUUAUAGCUAACAAUUUCAAAACUUCAUAUUCAUCAAUGUUCAUAGUUAAUAACAUUAGUAUUUAUAGUUUAAAAAAAUAACAUAAAUAAAAUACAUAUACGUAUGCAUGCAUUUAGCACAGGAGCUAGGAUUACACUUGGAAUCUCACUAACAAGAAUAAUGAGUAUAUCACAUAUAGCUAUAGGAUAAAUAAAACAUAUUUGCUUAAGAAAUUCCUCGGGUGCAUCAUUCUUAUGCGGUUUGUCAAUACGUAUUAUUUUCCCCAAAAGUGUCUAUUAUGAUUUUAGGAUAAAGUUUCUUAGCCAAAUUCUUUACAUAGUCAGAGUCUGAAGCAACGAACAAGUUAUAAUAUAUUAAUCCUCCAUGUUUAUGACGCAUUUCCACAGAAAGGCCAAUGGUAUUUCCAUUAGUCUUCUCAAGUCUCCUGGUAUAUUAGGGUUACCCAAAACACGUACCAAAUACAAAUGUACUAAGUACAAGGUAAAUUAUACAGUCUUGUUAAUAUGGUCACAAAUUAUUAUGCUAUCCCAUAUCUAGUCAGUGUGUAAGGUGACAUAAUCUCACAAUUAUUGUAACAAUCUACUGCUGGGUGCUUUUGCUAUGCGAUAGUUUGUUAUUAUUUCAAUUGAUGUUGAGCCCCCUGAGAAUCGCAGGGGUUUCUUCUGUGUCUUCUUUGUCUGGUAGUCCCUUCAUUACAAAUAACUCUUUAUCUUUUCUCUUCUUACAUUUUUUUUUUGUCUGGCCGCCACGAAAUAGCAGAGUUGUUGCUUUUCCGGCGAUGGCGAUGGCGGCGUCAACAUUAAGUUUUUGCGUUUAAGUUAGUUUCACUGAAAGUAGAAGUGCUAGACCAACCAAACUUGAACCAUAGAUUCAUCUUAAGAAUUACAUAUCAACCCAUGCAUCAAGUGCUGAAUGGGGCCUACCUUUCAUGGUCCAUUGCUUUUGUCAGCAUCUCCAUCGACAUUCAGUUUUUGCGCUUAAGAUAGUUUUUCUGAAACUAUAAGUUCUAGACCAAACAAAAAUGACAUGUGCAUUGAUGGUCAAAGCGGGGCACAGGCGAGACAUAUCAAUCCGAAUGGCUUGUUUCCUUCUGACUUUCCACAAAUAUAUUUCCUUAUCUAUUCUGGAACGUUUAUCAUUGAAACAUAUUUUACCGUAUGACCUUGUACAGUUUUAUCUUGUUCGUUGUCGGUUAAAGCUUUUUUUUAAAAAUCUAUUUAAAUAAUAAAGUUUAUCCAAGAUGAAGGCAUAUUGUAUAUGCUAUAUAAAGGGAAUUUAAUGGUUUUCCGUUGAAAACCAUCCGUAUUUAACGAGUACGGCAACAUACCGAUAUUCUUUACAAGUGCGAGCACCGGUGAAAACAAUUAUCGGGAUAUUCAACAAUUCGAGUGAAAUAUGCAUGGGAUUCAACGGAUGGCAAAACUAAUAAAAUUUAUAUUUGUUAUAUUUUUUUAAAGUACAUGUAAAGCAUCGCAACGAUUGCUGCAUCAAUAGUGCAGGAAUUAUAAGCCAUAUAUUUGACGCAGUGCUCUAACUACGUCACUAGUUGACUAGAUUAAGUCUAUUGGCAUAUUCGGGUGAACAACCUUAAAGUACGUAGUAAAAAUCUGGUAAAAAGUGAAGUAUCGUCAAUCAUUUUCUUGAGGUUUUAAUUAAUGUAGAGAACUGGGGGGAUUCCUCCUACGACUCGAAUGUCUGUUGAGAUAUACCUUUAUCUUUUCCGUUCAAAAAUAUCUUCUUAUACCUGCUUCAUGUGAAUUUCUUUGUUUCUGUCUUGGCAUGCUUACCAUUUACGCAUAAAAACUUGCGCGGUUUAUUUGUUUGUUGUCCGUCAAUUAACAAAAAAUAACUGAAUAGAUAAAUUGUACCAGUGAUGAUGACAUUCAUAUGUUACAUAAAGAAUUUUCAAUGGUUUUCUGUUGAAUACUAUAUGUAUAAACACGUAAUGAUACAUGUACACGUAAUCUACCGUUUGGACGUGUAUUACUUUAUUUUGGUGUUUUGCUGUUAAAUCUGUAAAAUACAAAUACAUUUUACCUAUGUUGAAGACAUUUUGCAAAUGCUAUAUAUAUUUAUUUUGUUGGCUAAAUGAUACUGUUUAUAUUCAUGAAUAUAUUCGUAUUUUCACUAGUUUGUUUUUUAAAAUAAUACAAUUGUACAUAUAUCAAAAAAGGACUUUAAAAAAAGGUGGAUACAUUUCCGUUUAAAAAGAAUGUGAUAAAUUACCUAAUGGAAAUGAAGGUGACUAGAUUAGAAUUGUACGAUUUUAUUUUGUUGUUUUGUGGUUAAAAUAUGUAAAAUAUAGAUUAGGUCACCAACGAUGUAGACAUUUUGCAUAUUCAUUUUGUCGACUGAACAAUUGUUUCUUUAAAUAGACAUAAUACAUAUUCGUUUUUAUUGUCGUUU